CUGUUUCACUGUUACAGAGAUGGUAAUAGUGUGGACUCUGAACUGAAUCUUAUUUCUUUGUAUCCGGAAGUGAAGGAUAUACUACAAUCUAUGUCAAAACACUUCCUACUAGCAGUGGCUUCCAGAGUGGAAGAUAUUACUGUGGCAUAUCAGUUGCUGAGCUUUUGUCAAAUUAGUUCAUACUUUCCUUUGAAGGAAAUCUAUCCCACUUCUAAAUCAAUUCAUUUAAAAAGGUUACAAGCAAGAAGUGGACAUCAUGCACAUGAAAUGUUGUUCUUUGAUGAUGACAAAAGAAACAUCAGAGAUUCUAAAAAUAUUGGAGUACAAGCAGUUCAAGUGUUGAAUGGUCUAUCAUGGCAUGUUGUCAUUGAAGGCCUUUCACUGUUUUCCCAGUCUCAAUCUAGUAUAUAAAAUAGGCAUAUAUCUACAGGAAGAGCAAGCCAUAUGAUCCAAAGGCAACAAAAUCAACUUCCUUGUCUCUCAAAAGCAUUUCUGAAGG